AUCAAAAUUUAUUUUCGCAUCUUUUGAACACAAAUUUGAAAAGAAAAAUCAAUAAAAAUAUCAACGAAAAGCGUAAGAGAAAGCGAAUUCGGCACACAAAUGUUACCGAUCGCUCAAAAUGAUUGUUUUCUAAAUAUGAGUCAGGACUAUCUGAUCUGUACGACGAUACACAAAGCGCGACAAUUGGGUGUCUUCACGGGUGAGACUUUUGUGCGUGUUACGCUCGAUAAAGCGCAUAGAACGACGAAGCCUUACGCGCGUUCCGAGAAUCCAUACUACAAUGAGUAUUUUGUUUUCGAAAUACGCUGUACGCUAACCGAACUGCUACGUUUGACAGUCUUAUAUGAGGUGCGUAAGAAGAACGCAUGCAAGAAAACCAUCUCACACGGUGAACUACUGAUAGAUUUGCAGAGUGUGUGGAAUCAACCCAAUCGUUGUUUCUUCAAAAAAUGGGGUCGCCUCGAGGCCUCCAUCACGGAUGUGUCCAAUAUUACGCCAGGCGCAUGCAAAGGUUAUCUGCAGAUCGAUUUGGCAAUCGUCUCAGAGAGCUCUGAUCCGAACACGGUGUUGAGACCACACGAAGAGAUGUUGGAGUUGAAUAAAUGGCAAAUCAAUCAGGAUUUCGAUAAUAUUGAGAGAAAUAUGUUACAAAAUGCGGACCACACCAUGCAAUGCAAUAUCCGCUACAACGUCACACUCUAUAAGGCAGUGCUGACCAAAAAGAGUGACUAUCUCAUACAAUUUAGAUUCCAUCCUUUCAAGGGCAAGACCAACGUCGCCAAGGCCACCGCUCAACCGGAAUGGAAUUAUUCGGUGUGUUUCUCGUGGACCUACCCGUCGCUGUCGCAAACUUUUGUCGUACAAAUACUCUCACAUGAGCAUCUACAAUGGAAAGCUAUUGCUGACUAUGAGAUACAUUUCGAUGAGAUCGCUUUUAAAGAUAAGCCCGCCUUGGGACCAACUUAUGUACACUUUUACGAUCAAAGCAAUUCUCUGCAAUAUUUGGGUCGUCUUUUGGUUGAGGUAGUCUCGGAAUGCUUGCCCGCCGGUCCGGCGCGCGAUCUAUUGACCAAACCGGUUGCUCCGCUAGAGGAAAAACGUUGGUGGCAGGAGGAAACCUUCUUAGUAGAAUUUCUGCCGUUACAGGGUGAUUUUAUACAUGGAAAUUUUAGUAACUGUAAAAUCUCUAUGAAGUUGGCAGAGAACUCCUCCAACUACGUGGAAUGUUUUUUGAAAAGUUAUUCGAGCAAAAAUAUGUCCAGUGGCACGAGCUUGAAAUAUUUCCGCCAGGAGGCGCCCUACAAAGCGGUAUACUUAACAAUCACGAUGCCGGAUAAUCGUUACAAGUUCGAUAGUGAUUACUACAUGCAAGAGAUCUUGGACUUAAUAGAAUCCGAACUCGCCACAUUCAAACUCUUUCAAAUCAAAUACACCAAUCAGUUCGUGUUACAGUCCAAAUGUUUCAAGGCCAUCAUAAUGAACUUACAGAAUAGAUUGAAGGAGGGCGUCGAAGAUAAGCGGCUAGAGUAUACAGGCUUCAAAGAGACCACGAUGUGGGACACAAAUCGUUUGGUUUAUGUGAACUCGUUUUUUGAAAAGCUACCGGAAAAGUUACGUGCCAUGCGUCACAAGCUCAAAACCGCACCAGCUAUGCUCAUCGAAUCGACUAUCGCUGAAGUUUUGGAUCAAAUGGUUUUCCACACCAAUGAGCUGAAGAGUCUUUUGGCCACCACACGCUUGCAGGACGAAUGGCCUACACUUCUGAUUAUGCUCAGCGUGUCGGGGAAGAAUGAUAUUGCUGUUUGUCGUUUGAAUGCUAAGUACUUUCUGAAUGCACCGAAGGACAAACAACAGAGUUCGAAUAGUUUGUGUUGGCGCAUGCGAAAUUUUAUAUUCAAGGACAUUCACUGCCAGCAUAGCUGCAUUAAUUGCGGCUGUAAUGUAGGCAUUAUACAAGGCUCACUCGGCAUUGUCGUGGACAGUGAACGUACCGAAUAUCUGGCGACCAUUACUAGCGAUUGGAAGCAAACCGAACUUUAUUACUGGUCACCUAUUGUACACUAUACGGUUUUUAAAUGUCGCAUUUUCAUACAUCAAGCCAAAAUACGGCCGGGCAGCGAUAGUAGCGGUCUCUGUGACGGCUACCUCCGCAUUAUCUUCGGUUCACAGUGGGCACAGACAUCCAUCGAAGAGGGCACACUCUCACCCAUAUGGAAUUGUGUAAUUUGCUUCGAUAUGCUCGUAUUUCCGGGCAGCUUACAAUGGUACGCGAAGAAUCCACCGCUCGUCGCUAUCGAAUUGUACGAUCGUGAUCGUUUAACUGCAAAUGAUUAUGUGGGUUGUGGUAGUGUGACAGUGUCGGUGAUAAGCUCAAAUGAUGCUGACGAUAGUGCACGUGAGGAACCGGAAAAGUUCAAGCCAAAUAAAAUGGUGAAGACGAGAACUGCAAUGCAGAAAUAUCAAAAGCUUAAAGUACUUAGUCCACCACCGCUCACGUGGGUGCCUAUCGCACAGCAUGGCAGUGUCAGAGCCGAAGUGUUGAUGUCGGCAGAACUUGUGGAGACGACUGAAGAGAUUGGCAAAAUGGAAAUGGCUGAACCGAACAUUACAACGGGCAUACCGACGAGCAUAAGGCCCAUCAUGAAGAACUAUGUGUUGGAGGUGGUCUUCAUUGGUUUUAGAAACUAUACAAAAACUACUUUCGGCGGCAGACAUCGGAUCAAAGUCAUGAUGGGUGAUUUACUAUUGACCAGUGGACUCUCAUCGACCCGCCUGAAGAACAGCAUAAACUUUUUAGUGAUUUUUGCCUCUGGCGUUGUGAGUCUGCCCGAACAACUCGAAUAUUGGCCGGCCAUCAUAGCCACCGAUGUAUCCGUUUCAGCCAAGGGUGCCGAGACUACAUUGGGCGCCGUUCUGAUACCAGAUUCAAAACGUUUUCUACAAGUAGAUAAAUCUGUCAAAUGCAUACCGGCAAUGCCUAGUGAUGGAGAUGCGACAACGUUACAAAUUGGUGAGAUGCAAGAUAAUGAAGCUGCGCCUUUGCUACGUAAAGAAAAGCCGACUCUAAUGCAGCGAACCUUGGGUGUUUUCAAAAGAAACAAAGAUCCCGCCAAAUUGCCACCAAUCGAUAAGAUGGAUUUAGCACAAAUUAUCGAUGAGACACAAUACAAUUGGUGGACGAAGUACUACAAUUCCAUAUACACUUAUCAGGAAACUGGUGACCUCUCACAUCUUUACAAGCACAGUUUGAUCAUUUAUUCCAACGAAUUGGAGCGUCAAGCGGAUCUUAGUUACAUGCAUGACUGGGCUGAGCCCGUUAAACUGGUGCAUGGCGUCAAAUACAAGAAGAACUCUAUGCCCAAAGAGGAGAGUUAUGCAACCCUUAAACUCAACAUUAAGCUCGUGCCGUGUAAGUGUGGCACAAACGACGCAGGUGAUGGCAUUAUGUUGCGUCCACUCGCCGCCGCAUUAAAUCCACGCUACCAAGCCGAGUUGCACACGCUCACUGAUCUUACGAAGAUCAUAGUGCGUGUGUAUGUCGUGCAGGGUGUGCAAUUGCGGCCACACGACAAAAGUACCAAGUCGGAUGCUUAUGUGCGCCUGCAUUUGGGUGGUAAGACUAUAGCGAAUCGCGCACACUAUGUGCCCAAUGAGAGUAAUCCGGUGUUUGGGAAGUGUUUUCAAAUGGAUGCCGUGCUGCCAAGAGAUAACAUGCUGGAGGUAUCGAUUUUCGAUCGAAAUUUAUUCACCGAUGAUUAUAUCGGUUCCACUUACAUUGAUUUGGAAGAUCGCUGGCGUACGAGACAUCGCGCUGCUGUGGGCAUACCACGGGAGUACUCAAAAAACGGUUACAAUAAAUGGCGUAAUAUUGCUACACCCUUCGAAAUACUCGCAGAACUUUGUUCCAAAUCCGACUUGCCAGCACCGAAAUUCCUUGAGAAUCGUAUUGAAGUGGAUGGUUUGAAGUUUAAGGAUGAAACACGUCUUGCUUUAGGUGAGGAGCUGCAGGAGCGCCUAAGUCUAACCGCACUACAUCACUUGGAUCAGCUACCAUCGUUUGGCUAUAAAUUGGUACCGGAGCAUGUCGAAACAAGAACGCUAUAUCGACGCGAUUGUCCCGGUAUAGAACAGGGCAAAAUCCAACUAUGGAUUGAACUAUAUGAGGGCAACUUAAAUAUACCACCACCUAUCGACAUCACACCCCAUCCCCCGCAAGUAUACGAACUGCGCGUCGUAGUCUAUGGUUGCACGGACCUUACUUUGGACGAACGGAAUAUUUUUGGCAAAAAGAUGAGUGAUGUGGGGGUGAAGGGUUGGUGUGCUGAUAAAGACCAGUCUCAAGCCACCGAUAUCCAUUACCGUUCAUUCAACGGUGAGGCUGCGUUUAAUUGGCGGAUGGUCUUCCCGCUCAAAUACUCCGCCAAUGAGGACAUGAUGGUCAUUAAAAUGAAGAGCGGCGUACUCAAUGAAUAUGAAGUGAAACAUCCACCGGUGCUCUACCUUCAAGUUUGGGAUAAUGAUUUAAUCACAAAGGAUGAUUUUCUCGGCAUGCUCGAACUGAAUUUGUCGAAUUUCACAGAACCCUGCACGAAUCGUCGCUUCUGUACGUUGACUAACGAUUUUGCAGGCAUUAAAUUGCCUGAGCCUUUGGCACGCUUGCAUGGCAUUGCACAACGUCGUCGACCGCCGGUGAAUUUAUUUGCUAAGAAACGUGUACGCGGUUGGUUUCCCUUGCAUGGACAGGUCGAUCAAAUGUCUAAGGAUAAACGGUUAAAGGAGCAAAUGCGUAUGCAAACUGGUAAAAUCGAACUUGAAUUGGAGAUCCUCACCGAGGCGGAGGCCGCUUCAAACCCCGUCGGUACUGGUCGCAAUCCACCAAAUGCACUCGCCAAUCCCUCACGUCCCGAUACCUCUUUCAAUCCAUUUACGAAUCCCUUAAAGGCUUUCCAUAAAGUUUUGCUGCCAGUUAUUGUCAAAGGUCUCAUCAUUUUGGGCAUCAGCGCUAUUAUUAUUCUGGUUGUUGUGCAAUUCUUCUCGAACUUGCCGAUGAAGUUGUUGGGCUUGUAAUUAAUUUAAAUAUUUAUUUUAUCUUA